AUUACUCUUGUUGUUAUUGCUAUUAUUAUUAAUAGUCUUUUCUCUUAGUGUUCUCAUUCAAUUCACAAAUAUUUAUUGAGCCUAGUUUAUACCAGACUUUGCUGGGCACCAAGAAAGUCCCUGCCCUCAAGGAGUCUGUUAAAAGAGUUGCAGAGACUUCCCGCCCCACUUCUCAAGAGACUUAGAGAAAAGGAAACGGAGCUUUGGAGGGUACGAAGCAAUAUUUGAAGCCUGACACUUGACCAAAGAAUGAAAAAUACUCUGCAUAGCUCCAGAAAGCCGACCCUACCCUUCUGACCUUGUCAACAAGGUAGACUUGCCAUUCCAGCCAAGCAGUUAUUUAUUUAUUUAUUUUUUAUUGUGGCAAAAUACACGUACCAUAAAAUUUACAUUUACUUCUUAAAAUUAAUUAAUUAUUUUUGGCUGCCCUGGCAUGUGGGAUCUAGUUUCCCAACCAGGAGUUGAGCCAAGGUCCCUUGUGUUGAGAGCGUUGGGUCUUAGCAACUGGACCACCAGGGAAAUCCCUAAUUGUUUUAAAGUAUAUAGUUUUGUAGCAGUAAGUAACAGUCACAUUUGUUUGCAGACGUCAUCUUCAUUGAUCUCUAGAACUUUUCAUUCUCCCAAACUGAAGCUCUGUGCCCAUUAAACAUCAACCUCCUCAGUUGCCCUGUCUCCCUAGCCUUUGGCAUCUACCAUUCUCCUCUCUGUCUUUAUGCAUUUGACUACUCUAGAUAACUCCUGUAAGUGAAAUCGAUCAAGCAGUUAUUUUAGUUUUUGCUCCUCCAAAAAUACUUGUCCCUCAUUUUGCAUCCAUAUCCUGUCCAUAUGUCAAAGUUCAGUUUGUGUCUGUUACAACCACUCCAGUGUACACAUACAGUAAUCUCAUUCCCCCUUAAAGUCUUGUUCCAGUGCUGGCUUUAUAAUUUGAUUAGCAUUUAUUAUGCACUUCCUUGUAAAAGUUAGCUCAUUCUUCCUGUGUGUAUCCUUCCCCCAAAUUUCCCAAAGAUUCUUGAGGGAAAUUACCAUAUCUUUGCCCAGGCUUGUAUUUCACUUUAUCUUUGUAAAUUGGUAGUUUUCACAUUGUAGUUUCUCCAGAUGUACUCAUUGAUUUUCCUUUAGUUAUGAGAGAUAAUGAAAGAUUUGGAAACAGAGUACCAACUAAUAGAAAUAGAGCAUUCAGAUAGUGGUCUGGCACUGAGAUGAACUGGGUUUGGAUGUGUUGAGAUACGGAGCUGGGCCUUAGGUUCUCAGAAUUGGAGUGCAGGUUAGGAAAGAAGCCUGGAAAUGUAUGUUGAAGCCAUGAAAAUGGCAUGAAAGUGUACAUAAAGAACAGAGACUUAAGCAUCCACAAAAGGAGAAAGAGGAAAACAUCGAAGAAGAUAGAGAGUGAUAGAAGGAAGUCAAGGCACCAUUAUGACUCAGAUGAGAAAUCAGAAACAAGAGAAAACGGUGUUACAGAUGACUUGGAUGCUCCCAAACCCAAAAAAGCUAAAAUUAAAGAGAAGCUAAAUGGUGACACCGAGGAAGGAUGUGAUAGACUUUCAGAUGAAUUUUCUAAAUCUCAUAAGCCAAGAAGAAAAGAUCUAUCAAAUGGAGAUAUUGAUGAACAUGAAAAAAAAUCAAAGCGAGUGUCAUCUUUAAAUAGUUCUACUCAUAAAUCAAGUGAUAAUAAACUAGAAGAGACCCUAACACGUGAACAGAAAGAAGGAGCCUUCUCCAAUUUCCCUAUUUCUGAAGAGACUAUAAAGCUUCUGAAAGGUCGAGGGGUAACAUAUCUCUUUCCUAUUCAAGUUAAGACUUUUGGUCCUGUAUAUGAAGGAAAAGAUUUAAUUGCUCAAGCACGGACAGGAACAGGAAAGACAUUCUCUUUUGCCAUCCCCUUGAUUGAAAGACUCCAAAGAAAUCAAGAGACAAUUAAAAAAAGCCGCUCACCAAAGGUACUUGUUUUGGCUCCUACAAGGGAACUGGCAAACCAAGUAGCCAAAGACUUCAAAGAUAUAACUAGGAAACUCAGUGUGGCAUGUUUCUAUGGUGGAACAUCAUAUCAAAGCCAAAUUAAUCAUAUUCGAAAUGGUAUUGACAUCUUGGUUGGGACCCCAGGUCGUAUCAAAGACCAUCUGCAGAGCGGCCGAUUAGAUCUUUCUAAACUGCGCCAUGUUGUGCUUGAUGAAGUGGAUCAAAUGUUAGAUUUAGGUUUUGCUGAACAAGUUGAAGACAUUCUCCAUGAGUCCUACAAAACUGAUUCUGAAGACAAUCCUCAGACUUUACUUUUUUCUGCAACUUGCCCACAGUGGGUAUACAAAGUUGCAAAAAAAUACAUGAAAUCCAGAUAUGAACAGGUUGACCUUGUUGGGAAAAUGACUCAAAAGGCUGCAACUACUGUAGAACAUUUGGCCAUCCAGUGCCACUGGUCUCAGAGACCAGCAGUUAUUGGAGAUGUCCUUCAAGUCUACAGUGGGUCUGAAGGGAGGGCUAUUAUCUUCUGUGAGACCAAAAAGAAUGUAACUGAAAUGGCCAUGAAUCCACACAUAAAACAGAAUGCCCAGUGUUUACAUGGGGACAUCGCUCAGUCACAAAGAGAAAUUACACUGAAAGGCUUCAGAGAGGGUAGUUUUAAAGUUUUGGUGGCAACCAAUGUGGCUGCCCGUGGUUUGGACAUUCCUGAGGUUGACCUGGUGAUUCAGAGUUCACCUCCACAGGAUGUUGAGUCCUAUAUUCAUCGCUCUGGACGCACAGGUCGAGCUGGCCGGACAGGGAUCUGCAUAUGUUUUUAUCAACCGAGAGAAAGAGGUCAAUUACGAUAUGUGGAACAAAAAGCAGGAAUUACUUUUAAACGUGUAGGUGUUCCUUCUACAAUGGAUUUAGUUAAAUCUAAAAGCAUGGAUGCCAUCAGGUCUUUGGCUUCCGUUUCUUAUGCUGCUGUUGAUUUUUUCCGACCAUCAGCUCAGAGACUGAUAGAAGAGAAAGGGGCAGUGGAUGCACUGGCUGCAGCAUUAGCCCACAUCUCUGGCGCAUCGAGUUUUGAACCACGAUCUUUGAUCACCUCCGAUAAGGGGUUUGUGACCAUGACUCUGGAAAGCCCAGAAGAAAUACAGGAUGUCAGCUGUGCUUGGAAAGAACUUAACAGAAAGCUGAGUAGUAAUGCUGUGUCCCAAAUUACCAGAAUGUGCCUCCUAAAAGGAAAUAUGGGUGUUUGCUUUGAUGUUCCCACAACUGAAUCAGAAAGGUUACAGGCAGAGUGGCAUGAUUCAGACUGGAUACUCUCAGUGCCAGCCAAGUUGCCUGAAAUUGAAGAAUAUUAUGAUGGAAACACAUCUUCUAAUUCCAGACAGAGGAGUGGUUGGUCAGGUGGCCGGUCAGGCCGGUCGGGCCGGCCAGGUGGUCGAUCCGGUGGCCGGUCAGGUAGACAGAGUCGGCAGGGGAGUCGGUCAGGAAGUCGACAAGAUGGUAGAAGACGAAGUGGGAAUAGAAAUCGAUCAAGAAGUGGGGGCCACAAACGGAGUUUUGACUGAGAUAGUUAAUCUGCCAGUGUGAGCUUGCCUGUUUCUGCAUAAUCAUGUACAUUAUCAACCAAAAAUUAGGUCAACAUAGCUGAGGUCUGUGUCUGCUAUUUGGAAAGAAGUUGGUUGUAUUUUUUUAAAAAGUAUUUCACAAGAAUGGUUGUAAACAAAUCUACUUACCCAGUUAUACCUUUGAAUAAAAAAACCUUUUAUUGUCUCUUUUCA